CGGGGAUUCUGCCUCCCCGCUCGCGCGCUGAUGCUGAUGUCCUUGAGCUUGGCCUGCACGGUCCUGGUGGUGCAGUAGUAGCUACCUCUGAACUGGAUCCACUUCCCGUCUCUGAUAUAUCAGCCGCCUUUGCCUUGCUCGCCCUCUCUCCAUCCGUCCAUCAUCCUCCCAUCCCCGUCUCUGUGAGUCUGUCAGCCCGUCCGUCCGUCUGUCCAUGGACUGGCCGUGACCCUGGAGGGAGGGGGACAGAAAAGAGGAAAGAGCGGAGUCGCAGAGGAGACGAAGGAAAAGAAAGCUGGAUUCAUUCAGUCGUCAAGCUUCUGAAGUGCCCCGGCUUGCUGUCCUUGAUCCCCCUCACCCUCCUCCUCCUCCUGUUAUGGAGAAUUAAAGGAGCAGUGGGAGGCUAGGCCAAGAUAGUGAGGAGGAACAAAUAAAUAAUCAACCAACUCCCCUUCAUUGUCCUUGAAAUGAAAUAAAAAAAAGGUGUAUCAUUAUAAUUACAGAUUCUUUAAGAAAGAAAUCAAGACUGAACCAAGCAAUAUUGGCUGCUGAGCACAUGAACAGCCCUCCACCAACCAAACGAAAGGGGAACUGAGUUGAGGACAGACUACAGAGAGAAAGGAGGACCAAAAAACAGAAAAGAAACCCUUACUGACAUGUCAACAACAGCCACUAUGGGUGAAAUGGCAAACAGCGCGGUGGAGUUUUAUCCCAAAGGGACAAGAGGCGUGGGCGGAGGAGGAAGGGCAGAUGGCAGCCAUGCAGGGGGAGACUUUGGGGUCACGGUGGCGGAGCUAUCGGAGCUGAUGGAGCUCCGAGGGGCCGAUGCCAUUCAGAAGAUCCAGGAGAGCUACGGAGACGCAGAUGGGCUCUGCCAGAGACUACAGACCAGCAAGAUUGAUGGUCUCAGUGGGGACCCGGCAGACCUGGAGCGCCGGGGCCAAAUUUUUGGCCAAAACUUCAUCCCCCCGAAGAAGGCCAAGACUUUCCUGGAGCUCGUGUGGGAGGCCUUACAGGACGUCACACUUAUCAUUUUGGAGGCGGCCGCCAUCAUCUCCCUCGGCCUCUCUUUCUACCAGCCUCCCGGGGGGGAUACUGAGGCAUGUGGGGUUGUGUCGGGGGCGUCAGAGGAUGAAGGCGAGGGCGACACCGGCUGGAUCGAGGGCGCGGCCAUCCUGCUGUCUGUUGUGUGUGUCGUCCUGGUGACGGCGUUUAAUGACUGGUCCAAAGAGAAGCAGUUCCGCGGUCUACAGAGUCGGAUCGAACAAGAACAGAGGGUCACAGUCGUGCGUAAAGGAAAUGUCAUCCAGAUCCCGGUGGCUGACAUGGUGGUGGGGGACGUGGCGCAGGUCAAAUACGGGGACCUGCUGCCAGCUGAUGGUAUCUUGGUCCAAGGCAACGAUCUGAAGCUAGAUGAGAGCUCUCUUACAGGAGAGUCUGACCACGUACGCAAGUCUGUGGAGAAGGACCCCAUGCUGCUCUCAGGUACCCAUGUGAUGGAGGGCUCGGGCAAGAUGCUGGUGACAGCUGUCGGUGUCAACUCGCAGACGGGCAUCAUCUUCACCCUGCUUGGUGCUGGAGAGCUGGAGGAAGAAGGGAAGGACAAGAAAGGAAAACAACCUGAUGGAGCUGUGGAGAACAAUCAGAACAAAGCCAAGAAGCAGGACGGGGGUGUUGCCAUGGAGAUGCAACCCCUGAAAAGUGCAGAGGGAGGAGAGGUAGAGGACAGAGAGAAGAAGAAGACCAGCGUUCCGAAGAAAGAGAAGAGUGUGUUGCAGGGCAAGCUCACCAAACUCGCUGUUCAAAUUGGCAAAGCAGGUUUGGUGAUGUCGGCCAUCACUGUCAUCAUUCUGGUGCUGUACUUUGUCAUCAACACGUUUGUCGUUGAAGGUCACACAUGGUUGACAGAGUGUACUCCGGUCUACAUCCAGUACUUUGUCAAGUUCUUCAUCAUUGGAGUCACUGUGCUGGUAGUGGCUGUCCCAGAAGGCUUACCUCUCGCUGUCACCAUCUCUCUGGCUUACUCUGUCAAGAAAAUGAUGAAGGACAACAACCUUGUUCGCCACUUGGAUGCUUGCGAGACCAUGGGCAACGCCACAGCCAUCUGCUCCGACAAGACCGGCACCCUCACCACCAACCGCAUGACUGUGGUGCAGUCUCACAUAGGUGACGUGCAUCACCGUGCGGUCCCGGACCCUGGACAGAUCAACCCCCGGACACUGGAUCUAUUAGUCAAUGCUAUCUCUAUUAACAGCGCCUACACCUCCAAGAUCUUACCGCCUGAUGUGGAGGGAGGUCUGGCUAAGCAGGUGGGCAACAAGACGGAGUGUGGCCUGCUGGGAUUUGUAUUAGACCUACAGCAGGACUACGCCCCUGUCAGAGAGCAGAUCCCCGAGGAGAAACUGUACAAGGUGUAUACAUUCAACUCAGUGCGUAAAUCCAUGUGUACGGUGAUCAAGCUGCCUGACGGAUCCUUCCGCCUCUACAGCAAAGGAGCCUCGGAGAUCAUGCUAAAGAAGUGUUCCUUCAUCCUAGAUUCCAAUGGAGAAGCACGCACUUUCCGCCCACGUGACAGAGAUGAGAUGGUCAAACAGGUGAUUGAGCCAAUGGCGUGUGAGGGGUUGAGGACCAUCUGCAUUGCUUACCGUGACCUUCCGGGAAGUCCAGAGCCAGAUUGGGAGAACGAAGCAGACAUAAUGACGGAGUUGACCUGCAUCACCGUGGUUGGGAUAGAGGACCCUGUGCGGCCCGAGGUGCCUGACGCCAUCCGUAAGUGUCAGCGUGCAGGCAUCACGGUGCGGAUGGUGACUGGUGAUAACAUUAACACAGCGAGGGCCAUUGCUGCUAAAUGUGGCAUCAUUCACCCUGGGGAUGACUUCAUUUGUCUAGAGGGCAAAGACUUCAACCGACGAAUCAGGAACGAGAAAGGAGAGAUUGAACAGGAACGUAUUGACAAAAUCUGGCCCAAACUUCGCGUGUUGGCUCGAUCCUCGCCAACUGACAAACACACACUGGUCAAAGGCAUCAUCGACAGCACCGUCCUAGAACAGAGGCAGGUUGUCGCAGUAACAGGAGAUGGAACCAAUGAUGGACCGGCUUUGAAGAAGGCUGAUGUGGGCUUUGCCAUGGGUAUUGCGGGAACAGACGUGGCUAAAGAAGCGUCUGACAUCAUCCUGACUGAUGACAACUUCAGCAGCAUUGUCAAGGCGGUGAUGUGGGGACGAAACGUCUACGAUAGCAUCUCCAAGUUUCUGCAGUUCCAGCUCACGGUCAACGUAGUGGCUGUCAUAGUGGCCUUCACCGGGGCUUGCAUCACUCAGGACUCUCCUCUGAAGGCGGUGCAGAUGCUGUGGGUGAACCUUAUCAUGGACACGUUUGCUUCUCUGGCCCUGGCCACUGAGCCCCCUACUGAGGACCUGUUGCUACGGAAACCCUAUGGUCGGAACAACCCGCUCAUCUCACUGACCAUGAUGAAGAACAUCCUGGGCCAUGGAGUGUACCAGCUGAUCAUCAUCUUCACCCUACUGUUCAUAGGCGAGCGCAUUUUUAACAUCGACAGUGGCCGCAAUGCUCCACUCCACUCCCCUCCCUCUGAGCACUACACCAUCAUCUUCAACACCUUCGUCCUAAUGCAACUUUUCAACGAGAUCAACGCUCGCAAGAUCCACGGAGAGAGAAAUGUCUUUGACGGCAUAUUUGCCAACCCCAUCUUCUGCGCCAUUGUUCUGGGGACCUUCGGCGUGCAGAUUGUGAUUGUGCAGUGGGGAGGGACGCCCUUCAGCUGUGCCCCUCUCAACGUGGAGCAGUGGCUCUGGUGUCUGUUCGUGGGAGUUGGAGAGCUCCUCUGGGGGCAGGUGAUUGCCACGGUGCCAACAGCCCGGCUGCCAUGCCUGAAGGAGGCAGGGAUGGGCCACGAGCCUGGGGAAGAGGAAGGUGAGGAGAUGGCAGAAGAUGAGGAGGAGAUUGACUGUGCUGAGAGAGAGCUGCGCCGUGGACAGAUCCUCUGGUUCAGAGGCCUCAACCGCAUCCAGACCCAGAUGGAGGUAGUGAGCACGUUCAAGCGAAGCGGUUCGUUUCAGGGAGCGGUGAGACGGCGUUCCUCCGUGCUCAGUCAGCUCCACGACGUAAACACUAUCUCUACCCCCUCUCACGUAGCUCUCUCCACCGCAACAGCCAAUACCAGCCCAGCCCCCGGGAAUGCGAGUGGUGAAAGCAUUCCGUAGUAACCUGUACGAGGGCCGGGAGAAACCAGAAUCCCGCAACUCCAUCCACAACUUCAUGGCCCACCCGGAGUUCCUCAUCAAU